CCGCAACUGCACCCUCCCUUCCUCCUCUCCCUACUCCUCUCCCCCCCCCUCCCCCUCCCCCUGCGCCCCUCGUUGCCGCGGCCUGCCUGCCGCCGCCGUCCCUCGUUUCGCCGCCGCGGCCCUUCCGCCGUCGCCUGCGCCCCUCGUCGUCGCGGCCUGCUCACCGCCGCCGCCCCCGACUUUGCCACCGCCUCCCCUUCUCGCCGCCGCACGUUCGCACAGCCGCCUGCGCCCUUGUCACCGUCGCUCCCUGCACCUUGA